UAUAUAUUUCUAACCCGGAUAGACCUACCUCUAACAACAAUAAACAUGAACAGAUUGAUAUUAAUAUCCUUUCUAGCGUCUAUUUUGCCUGCUGCGUUGGGCCAGUUUGAGUGCACAUCCGAUUCUGACUGUCUGCUGGCCGGAUACCACUGCUGUAAAGGGACAAUAUACUGCUGUGAAAAUGGCUACAUUUGUUCAGGCGAAGGCUCAUGCAUUAGUUACGGUGUAAUCAUUGGACCCGUUGUUGGUUUUGUCGUGUUAGCCAUUGGAAUCGGAUUUUUCAUAUGGAGACGCAAAUGCCGUAACAGGAAUGUGUAGAACCCGAGAAGACGGGGAAUGCUUGCUGACGAAAUCUCGUGUUUGUUUAUGAAGUGAAUACAUUUUUGAUCUCUAACAAUCUGCGCACCAAAGGAAGUUCACUAUGAUUUAAACACUGGACAAAAGUUUCAUACCGCAGAGAAGUUGGGAAAAAAAAUACAUAACUGUUAUUAUGAUGUCGACUUGUUUUAUAUAAACAAAUAAAUAAAUGAUAACAUU